UCCUCUGAUGUUCCUCUUCUGUCCUCCAUCCAUCCUUCCUCUGGUCAGAAGGUCUGGGAUUGACAGCAGGCCAGUGAUUGGUUAAUCCCAUCUCUGCGUAGGAGACCUCGUGCCAAACGGAACGGCACAAAACCCGAAGCGCCAUCUGUCCGACAGACACUCUGUUCUGCCAGCAACGAGGCGACGCUUCGGUUUUUACGCGCAGCCGAAUCUCCGCGAACCUGAUCCGCUUCAGCUUCGCUCUCCGUCUGCAGGAGGGAUCCAUCCGCAUCUGUUAGGCUCCUGAUUCUCACUCAGACUGAAGAAAGUUUUCUGUUUCUGCUGCUGCGUAAAGCGGGUAGUUGGCAGCGCUCUCCUGUCGCGCGUAAAGCGAGUCUGAUCUCAAUUUGGAGAAAAAUUAAAACCUCCUGAUUUGGUGGAGAAGAUGGAAAACUCAUCAUCAUCAUCAUCAUCCCUUCCGGAUCUGAACCAGACUCAGGUCCAGAAUGACGGGAUCUGGACGGACAACAGCAUCCAGUACAAAGUGCUGAGCAGCCUGCUGCUUCUCCUGAUCUGCGCGCUGGGCAUCGUUGGAAACAUCAUGGUGAUCUUGGUGGUGAGCAUCACCAAACACAUGAGGACACCGACCAACUGCUACCUGGUGAGCCUGGCUGUAGCGGACCUGAUGGUGCUGACCGCGGCCGGACUGCCCGCCAUCCCGGAGAGCAUCUUCGCCUCCUGGGUGUUCGGCAGGUCCGGCUGCCUGGUCAUCACCUACCUGCAGUACCUGGGGAUCAACGCGUCCUCCUGCUCCAUCACCGCCUUCACCAUCGAGCGCUACAUCGCCAUCUGCCACCCGAUCAAAGCGCAGUUCCUCUGCACCCUCUCCAGAGCCAAGAAGAUCAUCCUGCUGGUCUGGGCUUUCACCUCCAUCUACUGCGUCAUGUGGUUCUACCUGUCAGACACCGAGGAGAAGGUGUUCGCAAACGUCACCGUCGUCCUCUGCGGCUACAGGGUCCCCAGGAAAUUCUACCUGCCCAUCUACUUCUUUGACUUCGGCGUGUUCUUCGUGCUGCCGCUGCUGCUGUCCGCGGUGCUGUACGGACUCAUCGCCAGGAUCCUGUUCCUCAACCCGCUUCCCUCAGACCCCAAAGACAAGAAGAAGAAAGGAGCGACCAGCAGCAACAACAACCAGGCUGCCAACAAGAGCAACAGCUGCAAAAACUCCCGACACUCCAGCUCCACCGCGACGUCGCGCAGACAGGUGACCAAGAUGCUGGCGGUGGUGGUGAUCCUCUUCGCCGUGCUCUGGAUGCCGUACCGCACCCUGGUGGUGGUCAACUCCUUCCUGGACGAGCCGUACCUGGACAACUGGUUCAUCCUGUUCUGCAAGAUCUGCAUCUACCUGAACAGCGCCAUCAACCCGGUCAUCUACAACGCCAUGUCUCAGAAGUUUCGCGCCGCUUUCCGAAAGAUCUGCCGCUGCAGGGGGAAGGGCUCGGACAAACCGGCGGCCUACAGCGUGGCGCUCACCUACAGCGCGGUGAAGGACACCUCGCUGGUGGAGAGCACGGAUCACUACACCACAGAGCUGGAGGAGCUCACCGUCACGGACGAGCUGCUCUCGGAUCAGAAGGCCAUGUUCUCCGACACAUGUGGAUGCGGAAAAGUGAAUUUCAGUCACGAUUGAGGUUGGUCUGAGGCCAGCGGGGCGACUCGGUGAGUCUCCUGGGAAUUAAAGACCUACAGAGUGUUGUUUAAUGGACUCCCUUAAGUGGGAUCAUUGUUUCCUGAGUGCCUGGUGACCUUUUUAAAGCCGGGCUGCUGCAGGUAGAGAUGUAAACACAGAUCACAGCCGGCGAAGCGUAAUGAGAGCUUUUGAGGCUUAAAGCCAAACACGCUGUUAGCUGAGAACGAUGCCAGAUGUCGUAAAGCCUCAAAGCAGCCGACAGAUAAGCGCUUUCCCUCCGCAGCUGUUAUCAUCGUAUCUGAGACCUGCCCACGUAAGGUGUUUGAGUCAACAGGGCUGUGAGCGAAACACCUUCCCCACUGCAAACAUGUCACAGCUCCAGCCUUUAUGAUUCCUGGAACUGUUGGGGAAAUCACGCUCGCACCUUCAAAUGGGAUCAAAAUGUCACGGAGAAGCAAAAGCACAAAUCCAGCCAGGUGAGCUCGCUGAGGCCACGCCUUCUGUUUUCUGCUGCAGGAAAGCAAACGGCGGUCAUCAGACGAGAUGUUUGACAGAAAAACAAAACAACCCACCUGUUAGCACCUC